AUGGAAAAGUCAAGAAUUGGUGUUAUAUUAUUUCUUUUGUACCUGUCUGUCUUCUAUCCUCAAUCUGAGGUUCAAUCAUUCGCUACUCCAUCUGAUCAUGAUUUAAGCUACAUGAAAUUUGUCUAUAAUUCCAUUGAUCUGCCAUUAGAAGAAGUGUACGACUACAUUGUAGUUGGAGGGGGUACAGCAGGCUGCCCAAUAGCAGCAACUUUAUCAGCAAAUUACUCGGUGCUCCUGCUAGAAAAGGGCAGUGUUCCAAGUGCAUAUCCAAGUGUUUUGUGCCAAGAUGGGGUUAUUUCAACUCUCACGCUAGAAGACGAUGGAAAGACGCCAGCUGAAAGGUUCACAUCCGAAGAUGGUGUGGCCAAUGUAAGAGGCAGGGUUCUUGGUGGAUCAAGCAUGAUCAACAUUGGAAUUGAAUGGGACAUGGAUUUGGUUAGCAAGGCCUAUCAAUGGGUUGAAAAUACUGUCGUAUCCCCCCCAAAUGUGUCACGUUGGCAAUCUGUUGUGAAGGAAGGUUUGUUAGAGGCUGGUGUUCGUCCAGACAACGGAUAUAAUUUAAAUCACAUUCCAGGAAGUAAGGUCACGGGUACUCUUUUUGACAAUCAGGGAAGGAGACAUGGAGCUGUGGAAUUGCUUAAUCUAGGAAACCCGAAGAACUUGCGAGUUGCAGUUCAUGCCACAGUAGAGAGAAUCAUAUUCUCUUCCAACGCACCUAGGAGGUCACAUCAGGCCUUCAUACGUGGUAAGGGAGAGGUUAUAUUGAGUGCCGGGGCAAUUGGAAGCACUCAACUCCUGCUACUUAGUGGUGUUGGCCCAGAGUCCUACCUUUCAUCUAUCAAAAUCCCAGUUGUUCACCCCGAGCCUUACAUUGGACAGUUUAUGCGUGAUAAUCCUCGUAAUUACAUCACAAUUUUACCUCCAUUUCAACUGGAUGCCUCUACUCCACAGAUUGCUGGUAUCACAAGCGAUUUCUACAUAGAGACUUUCUCGGGGUUGCCAUUUUCUACUCCACCCUUUAGUGUUUUUCCUGAUCCAUCUUUCUCCACAAAGAUAAAUUCAACUUUCAGACAAAUUGCGUACAAAGUUCCAGGACCCUUGUCCUAUGGUUCGCUUAGGCUGCAGUCGUCCUAUGAUGUCAAAGUUGGUCCAAAUGUCCGCUUCAACUACUUUGCAAAUCCGCUGGAUCUUGCUCGUUGUGUUAGUGCCACAAGGAAGAUUGGUGAUUUAUUAAGCACAAAUUCGUUGAAACCAUUUAAGGCUCAAGAUUUGCCGGGUAUAGAUGGUUUCAACUUUUUCGGACCACCAUUACCAAUGAACCUUACAGAUACCGCAUCCUUGGAAACAUUUUGUCGAGACACAGUAGCCACAUUUUGGCACUACCAUGGGGGAUGCCUUGUGGGAAAGGUGGUUGAUGGGGAUUUACGAGUCAAGGGGAUCAAUGCCUUACGUGUUGUUGAUGGAUCCACAUUCAAGUUCUCACCAGGGACCAAUCCUCAAGCCACCCUCAUGAUGUUGGGCAGUCGACAGUGGGUGGAAGAUUAA